AUGUCAUCAACUUCUCGAUCUAACUUUUAUACAAAAUCAAAUCUGGUUUAUAUACCAUUUUCAAUAACGAUCGCUCAUAUAUUAAUUUUUAUCGUCAAUUCGCCUUCAUCAACGUGGCAAAAAUUUCCACCUGAAUUACCUAAUUCAGUUUAUUCUUCAGUAUUUUUUGCUCCGAUAUUAUUAUUUAUAUCACUCACAUAUGAGCCAAUUCAUACAAGGAAACGUUUUUACGUAUUAUUAUCUCUUGCACUUUUAUUUGUAUCAAUUCCGAUGAUUUAUCGUGGAAACAAAUCUUCACUUCACAAUUGUUUUGUGACUAUUGCUUUAGCUCAUGGAAUGAAAAUGUUAUUAUUCUUAAAAUUAAAUAGAACAUACAAAUAUCCAAAGAAUUCAAAAAAUUUUAAACCGUACUUUUGGACAUUAUUUAAUUGGCGUUUUAAUUCUUAUAUAAUUCCUCCAAAAUCGGAUUAUUCAAAUGAAAAAGAGAAAUCCUUAAUUAUUAAAUCAACCACAACUUCACAAAUUAACAAAAGAUUACUUAAGUGUCUCAUGAUCAUCAUCGCGAAAUGGUUAAUGUUUGAACUUGUAUUUUCUACUUUCCUAAUUUCAACUAAAUGGGCAACAGAAACCCCGGAAAAAGUUUAUCAAGUUCGUUUAUUAGAAUUUUUUACAAAAGGAAUUACUCCCACUACAAUACCUUCAAUUUUAUACAUCUUACAUUUUUUCGCAUGCGCAUAUUUAUGGAUGUCAAUAAAUUAUGAUGCCCCUAUUUUCAUUAUUGCUAUCAUUUUUCGUUUAUUUUUUCAUUCCACAUCAAAAAAUAAUCACUACCAAUCCAUUUUGAUUCGAUUUGGUUUUCUCAACCCUUCAGAGUAUAUUUCUUUAAAAGAAUGGAUGAUCACAUUACUAUUUAAUACAAAACCUCUUUUUGAAGAACCAUGGAUGGCAUCAAAUCCUCGUGAUUUUUGGUCUACUCGUUGGCAAUUAUUCCUUAAUGAAUUUCUUAAGGAAUAUGGUUUUUUACCAGUUAGGAAUUUAUUAACUCCAAUUAUUCCAAGAAAAAUUGCAAAUAUGAUGGGAGUAUUAGGUGCUUUUGCUAUUAGUUCUUUAUUACAUGAAUUUCUUAUGAUUGCAAAUUUUAAUAUUUGGACGGGAGAACAAUCAUUUUUCUUUAUGAUUCAUGGUUUAAUAUUUAUAUUAUGGGAAACUAUAUUUGGUUGUGAAAAGAAGGAUGAAAUUACAAUGAUUAAAAGGGUAUUAAAAUGGGUCUUAUUAUUAGUUAUAAAUUUAUUGAUUUUGCCUGCAUUUGUUGAACCUUCACUAAGAAAUUAUAAAUAUUCCGAGAUUUCAACUCUUACAUCAGGUUAUGCUCAACGCUAUAUGAAAAAUUUAUAA